CCUAUGGAUGGUGGUUUAAUCCGAUGUGAGGUCACAAGGUCAUCUCGUCAACAUGGCUGCCGGUGUGUUCAGGUCACUUUCACAAGGUCUGAGAAGAAUAACACCUUUUGGGGCCAGACUUUAUUCAGAUGAGGCUCGAACAGUGACCCUGAUCCCAGGUGAUGGCAUCGGCCCGGAGAUCUCAGCUGCUGUUCAGGAGAUCUUUGCAGCUGCAUCGGCUCCCAUAAAGUGGGAGACGUCUGACGUGACGGCCAUCAAGGGUCCUGGUGGGAAGUACAUCAUCCCUCCUGAGGCUCAGGAGUCCAUGAACAGGAACAAGAUUGGGCUCAAAGGCCCCCUGAAGACCCCCGUGGGUAAGGGUCACCCGUCCAUGAACCUGCUGCUGAGGAAGACCUUCCAGCUGUAUGCCAACGUGCGCCCCUGUAAGUCCAUCGAGGGCUACAAGACCCCCUACCCUGACGUGGACCUGGUCACCAUCAGGGAGAACACUGAGGGGGAGUACAGUGGGAUUGAACACAUGAUUGUUGACGGAGUGGUGCAGAGCAUCAAGCUGAUCACAGAGCCGGCCUCGCGGAGAGUUGCAGAGUUCGCCUUUGAGUUUGCCCGAGCCCAGGGCAGAGACACAGUCACCGCUGUGCACAAGGCUAACAUCAUGCGCAUGUCUGACGGCCUGUUCCUACGGUGCUGUCGGGAGGUGGCUGAGGACUACAAGGACAUCAAGUUUGAGGAGAUGUACCUGGACACUGUCUGUCUCAAUAACGUGAAUUGUACAAUUGAAAACACUGCUUUUUCCCCAUACAGUGACUUGUGUGCAGGACUAAUCGGUGGACUGGGGGUGACACCUAGUGGUAACAUUGGAGCUGAUGGUGUGGCUAUCUUUGAGUCCGUCCAUGGUACAGCUCCAGACAUUGCUGGUAAGGACCUGGCCAACCCCACGGCCCUGUUACUCAGUGCUGUGAUGAUGUUGAGGCAUCUAGGACUCCACGAUCACGCCCGACGCAUCGAGACCGCAGCAUUUGAGACAAUCAAGGAAGGAAAGGCUCUUACAGGAGAUUUGGGAGGAAAGGCUAAGUGCUCUGACUUCACAAGAGAGGUCUCCAAGAAGGUCCAAGAGAUCGAAUAAACGCAGUAAUAACCCCAUGGUAAAAGACUUUUUUUUUCUCAUCCACCUGGUGAACAGUGUAGACAUACUGUAUACCACCUCCUUACCACUGGAAUUUUUGCCUCCGAGCACAUUUCUCUGUUCCUUGCCGUCUGUAGCCUUGUUGAGCUCGUGUAGUGGUCCAAAUGUGAAAAAAGUAGUCGUCUGUAUAUUUUUGUGUACUUCUUGCAGAGUUUAACGUAGUAGAGAUGACUUUCUGUGAAAUUAAAGUGUAGUUUCCUAGCCGAAUGCCUGCUUCAAGAUAGUAUGACACCCGCACCCCUGCCUUAAUGUCUUGUUCAGCUGCUACAUAUUUGCAAUAUACAUGUAUUAGUAAGGCAAACUUCACAUUUAAGAUGAUCAGAGGCUCUUCACGUUUUUUUAUUUCUUUUUAAUGCACCAUGUUAUUUAUUCACUAUUUCUUAUUUUGGAAGAAUAUACCAGAGAUACUACAAAAGCACAUAUCAAGACUAGUAUGUAACUGUAUAUCAACCACACAAUAGACUGUAUAAACACGCGAUUUUCAACUUGCUACACUGGUUUUGCUACAAAUGUGCAACGAAAACUGCCAGCAAUAUCUUCUCAAAUGUUGCAACCUGUUCAGUAAAGCAGGUAUCUGACUGGGCCGCACGUGUUGGCGACAAAUUAUCGCUGCAACUUUUAGAAAUUUUUGCCAAUAUUUCCCUUGUGGUCACACUGACGAAUGACACAUUCAUUAAAUUCUAUGUGACCUAACAAACAAACUGGCUGUUCCAAAUAUGUGACAUUCCCAGUUUCUGCCCCAAAUUAGAUGCAAAUAUAGGUAAUUGCAGUGUUGCCACUGAGUAUUUUGUGUCUAGUUUGUGUCCGUUACAUUUACCAAUUAUAAUUUUUUUUUCAAUUUAAAAAAGAAUUCUCAAUUUCAGGUUGGCGAAGAAUUGCUGAUGUGGGAAAUGUGUUUUCCAAACAAUUGCCAACAGGCUAGGCACUGCUCAGUCAUAUACCCGCUUUAGAUACACAUGUAUGUACUGUCGAUGAUUGUGUCCAAGUCUGUUUUUUUCCCAAUUGCAAUCUGUGUUUUCAAACAAAGAAUCUUACUCAUUGCAAGUUUUCAAACUUUUCCAACAUGAUCAACUAAAAAGGAUACAGGUAAAGUUUUUUAUGUGCAAUGACAGUUUACCUAAAAACCUUACUUACAUUUUAAAAAGGAUAUUGCAUGUGAAAGUUUAUAUUGUUAUAGGGUAUUUGCUAUUUGAAAUUCUAUGUAUAGAGUUUAUCAAAAGUGCAAACUCAAUGAAUUUCACUGUUCAAAUUAUUAUUAUAGUUUUAUCCGAAUGACAUCCAGGUAUGAACUGAAGUUUUAUAAAACAUACUAAAAUACAGAGAAGUGUUCAACAUACUUUGACUGUUCAGUAGCUUUUUUAGUUCUAUUUAUUCUUCAACCUGUUUCUAUGGUAAAACACAUGUUGCAAUGUCAAAUAAAGGUAACAGUUCUGUACUA